AUGUGUGAAAAUAGUCAUCCAUUUUUACGUAUAGAAAUAGUUAAAUUUCAAGUAAAUCAUCAGAACGAAACAAUAGAUUUAACUAAAGUUAAAACUGAAGUUACAAUAAAAGAAAAAAAUACUUUAACAAAAUCAUUACGAAUAAAAAAGCCAAUCUAUAAUGAAAAUAAUCAAUCUAUUCGAUUUGAUGCUGGUUUAUACACAAAUAUAAAACGAGAAAUUCUUAUUCGAAUUUUUUAUAAUGAUAUUUUAUAUGAAUAUGAAUCAGAUUUAAAACUUUUUCAAAGAUUAUCAGAUGGAUUUCGACAUCAAUUUUAUUUUACACGAAAAGCUCAAGCUGAAAUAAUAAUUGAAUAUAUAGAUCCAUCUCUUCGUAACGAUUCUCAACUUAAAACAAAAUUUCGUCAUCAACGUUAUGCUGAACGUUAUAAAACUGUUUUAAAACAUUUUGGUCAUAGAUUUGUCGGAAAAAUCUUUAAAACACCAACACUUUGUUCAAUUUGUAAAGAUUUUCUCUGGGGUUUUACUUAUAAAGGUUUUCAAUGUCAACGAUGUGAUUAUGUUGUACAUAGAGAUUGUUAUAAUCGUUGUAUACAUCCGUGUACUGGAAUAAAAUAUCCAGAUAAUGAAAUAGGUAAAGCUCAUCAUUUUCAACAUCAAAAAUUUUCUUUCGAAACAAUUUUUUGUGAUCAUGAUGGAAGUUUUAUUAAACCAGGACAUUCAUACAAAUGCACUCAAUGUUCAAUGGUUGUUCAUCGACGAUGUCAAUCAAAAGUUGGACAUUAUUGUGGAUAUCAAGGAAAUCCUUUAGAACUUUAUCAAAUAUGGAAAGAAAAACAUAAAUCAGAUUCAGAUUGUAAUUAUCUAUAUAAUGGAGAUUUAUGUGAAAUUUAUUCAAGGGUUUAUAAAUCUGAUCGACCAAAUCAUGUAAAUAAACAAGUUAUUGACCAUAUCUCAACAAUUAAUCAAUCAAAUACAACUUCAAAUUUUCAUAUUAAUCAAAUUGAAUUUUUACAAAAAUUAGGCUAUGGAAUGACUGGAAAGGUAUAUUUAGUACGACGUGGUCAAUAUUAUUAUGCAAUGAAAACUCUUCGUAAAAAUUUGAUAUUAGAAGGAGAAAAUGUUGAAUAUGUUCAGUCGGAACGAGAUAUUCUUAUUCAAUGUCGAUCAAAUCCAUUUAUAAUUCAACUUUUUUAUACAUUUCAAAAUGUUGAACGACUUUUUUUUCUAAUGGAGGUUGCUCGAGGUGGAACAUUGUUUAAUAUUCUUCAAUAUCAAUCACCUAUACCAUUAGAACAAGAUCGAAUUGUUUUUUACAGUGGUGAAGUAACAUGUGCACUUAUCUUUCUUCAUUCAAAACGUAUUAUUUAUCGUGAUUUAAAACCUGAAAAUAUAUUUAUGUUUGAAGAUGGACAUAUUAAAAUUGGGGAUUUUGGUUUAUCAAAACAAAAUCUUGAUAAAAAUCAUAAAACAAAAACAUUAUGUGGAACAUUGGAAUAUAUUGCUUAUGAAAUUUAUCAUAGAGAUUUUUAUGAUGAAAAUGUUGAUUGGUGGUCAUUAGGAAUUUUAAUAUUUGAAUUAUCAACAUUUAAAACACCAUUUUAUGCUAAUAAUAGUAAUGAUAUAAUAAAAAAUAUUCUUUUAGCUCCUAUAACAUAUCCACAAACAAUGAUUAAACAAACAAAACAAAUUAUAUCUGCUUUACUUCAACGAGAUCCACAACAAAGAUUAGGAAAUAUUAUUUCUCCACAUGGUUUAUUAAAAGAUCAACCAUUUUUUCAAGAACCAUAUACACUUGAUGCAAUUGAAAAUCGUCGUGUUCGUCCACCAUGGAUUCCUACUUUAUUAACAUCACUUAAACCAAAAUCAAUAGGUCCACAAUUAUCUCAAGUUGAUAAAAAAGAUGCUAUUUUAUUAUUAUCAACACCAAUUGAUACUUUUAACAAUUUUGAAUAUAUUAAUCCUAAUAUUAUUAAUUUUCAUAAACAGAUUUAA